AUGAGAAAUUCAAGCGACGAAGCUCUUUUGCGAAAAGCGAAUUUACGUCUUUGUCGAUUACGUUUGUGGUCUAGUUAUGAUGGUGGCCUUGGUUUUGUGCUUGAUAAGUCAUCAGGACCUCCAUAUAUUGUUAAAAUUGUUGAAUCAAAUAGUCCAGCAGCUGCUGGCGGCCUCAAAUUUCAUGAUAUUAUUCUUGCAGUUAAUUCUCAAGACGUAACUGCGAAUAAUUACAAUGAAGUAAAAUGGGCUCUUAAAGCUGCACAGGAGAAUAAUAGUGUUGAAUUGCUUGUUAUUGACAAACGUUAUUAUGAUUAUUUAAUAGAAAAACAUGUUCUAUUCGAUUCAACAUUUGCUAAAACUAUUGAUACACCACAAAGAAUGCCACGUGAUUACAAGAAUUUUCCUAAACAUACACCACGUACAUGUGAAAUUCAAUUAAGUUCAACUGAUCAAUCACUUGGCUUUGAUAUUACCCAUGGUGACAACAAUGUAGGCGUAUGGAUUCAAGAAGUACAAUCGAAUACACCAGCUAGUGGAACACUGUUACGUAAAUGUGAUCGAAUUCUUGAAAUCAAUGACGACUUUGUUGAUGAUGAACCAAUUGAAACUAUAAAACAAAAACUGAAGGCAGCAAAAUCAAACCGUUACUUGAAAUUAUAUGUGGUUGAUACAGCAACGUAUAGAUAUUUCAAGAAAAAUAAGAUUCUAUUAAAACGAACAAAUAUUGAAGAAUGUUCAUUUAUGAAACAAAAACAAGAAUCUUCGAAACAGAAUGAGGAAGACAUCAGUGUGAAUUCCUCAACAACAUCUAUCUAUGAAGAUAUUGCAGUCUUUGAUGAUCGUCUUGAAAAAACACUCAACAGUCAAGGUCAAUAUGCUCGUUUGGGUAGCUCAGGAAAAUUCUAUUGUGGUGGUACAUUGGAUGGAUCAAAGUGUAGUUGCUGUAAUGGUGAAUGUGGACCAAUGGAUGGGUGCAAUUGCUCAUCUUGCAUGCUGCUUGAUGUUCAGAAACGAGCUUUGCCUCAAGGAUGA